GUGCUGAGGAUUCAGCAGUGAACAAAACACAAACCCCCCUGUUCUCGUGGAGCUUAUAUGCUAGUGGAGCAAUGCCUUCUUGCGCUGUUGCAGUGAGCGGGAAAAUGGGAAGCAGCGGGCAGCUGGCAGCCCACAUCUUGCCCUGGAGUUCUGCAGCUAUCCAUCUAGCAUGAGAGGCCAUAUUGACUACCGCUGCUGUAUGUCCCCUGUAACCUACCGUCGUUCCCACACCAGCGGCAUCUGCGAUAAGUUCUCGGCUUAUGGCUGGUGCCCUCUAGGACCUCAGUGUCCUCAGUCACAUGAUAUUGACCUCAUCAUUGACACUGAUGAGGCUGUGGCAGAGGACAAGCGGCGGCGCCGGCGACGGAAGGACAAGCGGAAGAGGGCUUUGCUGAGCCAACCAGGGGCACAGACCUUGGGGGAAGCUGAAGAUGGCCCUCCCACAAAGCAGGUCUGUGCAGAUAGCCUCAAGACAGAAGAAAUUCAGCAAAAAGUGACAGAGGGUGCAACUGGGGAUCAGCUUGGCUCCCAGCAGGGUCACAAGAGUGGCUUAGCGGUCGAGCAUAAGGCAGCAAGUUCUGAAACAGCUGAUGUGGCUACCUCAGAACUGCCAGUGAGUCAAGCCAGUCCUAAUCCUGUGCCUGGAGAUGGAUUGCAUCGGGCUGGCUUUGAUGCCUUUAUGACAGGUUAUGUGAUGGCCUAUGUAGGACUGAGCCAGGGACCUCAACUCUGCAGUUCUGGACCUUGGCUUCCUGAAUGUCACAACAAGGUAUAUCUAAGUGGCAAAACUGUACCCCUCACGGUGGCCAAGAGCCAGUUUUCUCGUUCUUCCAAAGCCCACAACCAGAAAAUGAAGCUGGCUUGGGGCAGCAGCUGACCCAAACAUCUGCCUGGUACUAAGCCAAGGGAGAGAAGCUGAGAGGAGGAGGAGAUGUUUGGCCGUGUGUAGUGGCUCAUGUCUGGAGGCUGAGGCAGGAGGACUGCUACAAUUCAUGGCCUACAUAGUGCAUUCCAGGUCCGCCAAAGCCAUACAGCAAAACCCUAUUUCAAAAAACAAAAAAAAAAAAAAAAAAAAAAGGUCACUUGAGUUGUUAUCCUGUGUGUGUCACGUUUAAGUCUACAGAGUUGUUGCGCAGGUCAGCAGUAGUGAAGUACAACGAGGACUUCACGAUUUCCUUUUGUACAGAGGCCUGGCCCAAGGGUACAAAUAAGGCUAACUAGCACCUGCAACAUCAACUUUAUUUUUUAAUCUGAAAGUGUCUUGGGAAAAGUUUUACAAAAAAAAAAAAAAAAAAAA